CAAGGCCCGAGGCGGAGCCUGUUUGCUGUAGGCGGCGGCGGCGGCGGCGGGCAUGGUCCGGGGACACCUGAGGUUUUUGAUUAUCACUGGUUGACUAUCUGAGAAUUCUUUAAUGUGAUUGAUUGCUUGGACAGCUUGAUGACAUCACUGCAGCUCAGCACUGGGAAUCCAACAACACUCAAAUGCACAUUGAGAGAACUAAAGUUCACUCCACAAACACCGCUAGAAAUCUUUGAGAUCCUUUCUUCGAGGUUAUCUCCAGGUGAUUCUACUUACAUACCCGAACCAAUGGAGUUGAGUCUUGUCCACCUGAGUUCAAAGACAAAAGGGUGGAAAGUCAUCAUCAGGGUUUCUCUGUGCUAAAGCUGUCACAUCAGCAGUCCAUGCAAAGGAACACCUUCAGUGGCAAAUGGACAGACUCUCAUAUCUAUUCAGAUUUGGUUUGACAAUCAGCAUCAGAAAGACAAAUGUCAUUGUCCGGGACAUUGCCAUACUGCCAUCGAUCAGCAUUAAUGGUGUGAUGCAGGAGGUUGUUGAUAGCUUCAUGAUCACCAACAAUCUGUCACUUUAAACUGAAAUCAACACAUGCAAACAAAAACUUCAAGCUGAGUAAGUGUGUGGAACAACAACAACCUGACUGGGAACACCAAACUAGUCGCUCCAACAUGCCAGUUCCCUGCAGCAGCUGUGACAAAAAGGCAGCAGUCCUCAGGCGGCCCAAAACAGGCCACUCCCUUUGUAAAGAGUGCUUUUUCUGGGCCUUUGAAGAGGAGGUUCAUCAGACAAUCCUGUGUGCUAAGCUUUUCCAGAAGGGAGAGACUGUUGGAAUUGGUGCUUCUGGCGGAAAGGACUCAACCGUUCUAGCUCAUGUUCUAAAAGUCUUAAAUGAACGGUAUAAUUACGGGUUAAAUCUGAUGCUGCUUUCUGUGGAUGAAGGCAUCACUGGUUAUCGUGAUGACUCCUUAGAGACGGUAAAGAGAAACCAACAACAGUACGACCUGCCUCUCAAGAUUGUUUCCUAUGAAGAGCUGUAUGGUUGGACAAUGGACCAGAUUGUGAAGAAAGUUGGGUUGAAAAAUAACUGCACGUUCUGUGGAGUCUUCAGACGGCAAGCUCUUGACCGAGGGGCCAUGAUGCUGAAGGUAGACAAGGUCUGCACAGGUCACAAUGCUGAUGACGUUGCUGAAACUGUCCUGAUGAAUUUCUUACGUGGAGACAUUGCUAGACUCCGCCGCUGCACCUCAAUCAUCACAGGCAGCGAGGGAGCCAUUCCUCGCUGCAAGCCACUCAAAUACGCUUAUGAGAAGGAGAUUGUGCUGUAUGCUUACUUCAAGAAACUGGACUACUUCUCUACAGAAUGUGUGUAUUCCCCUAAUGCAUACAGGGGCUAUGCUCGUGCUUUUCUGAAAGAUCUGGAGUCUAUCCGGGCCAGUGCUAUCAUGGAUGUAAUUCACUCCGGUGAGAAUCUGUCUAUAAAGGAGGACGUGAAGAUGCCCACACAGGGUACCUGCACCCGCUGUGGUUACAUUUCCAGCCAGAAGCUCUGUAAGGCGUGUGCUCUGCUGGAGGGGCUGAACCGAGGGCUGCCUAAACUUGGUAUUGGCAAGCACCACAAAUUGCACAAUCGACUGCUGAACAAGGAGCCGCUCACUGAGGAAGAAAAGAAGAAACUGGGAGCAAUUAAUUUCUGAAUGCAUGAGUUCAUUUUUAAACUCUGCCAAUUAUCUGGCUGAGGUCAGUCUUCAAAUGUUAACUAGUCAGUGACUAAUGUGUUUACGAUCAAGGUGGAAACUGUAUCUAAUCUCUAUCAUAACGUGCACUGGAUAGAACUACUGUUAUUGACUACCUUUAACCAGCAAAUAUUUCACACCUCAAUCAUGUGCCACUUAAUAUGUGCCACUUUGUGAAUACUCUAAAGUGAAAUUUUAAUUUUUAAACACUUUGGCUGCCAGCACUGUAGCAUAUAGAUUAAUAUUUGGGGGAAUAUGGAACCUAAUGAUAAAAAGACAACAUCAUUCUACACGCUUUCUGCAAAUUCAGCUAAAACUAAUUUCUAAUUCUCUUAGAAAUCAUAGAAAUUCUUAUGACAUAUUUGAUAAAAUCCACAUGCAAUAGCUGAUCAGUAAAAUGUGAUUUAGAAUUUGCACCCCCAGGUAAUGGGAAUCUAUAUUUAAGGAAGAUUGGUAUACCAGCUUUUUGAUCAUUGAAUAAAAAAUAACUUGCAUAUAGAUUGAUGAGAUGAAAAUCUCCCCUUUCUUCUACUUAGAAGGGUCCACUGUCUGAAAGAAAUUGAGUUAAUCUUAACUCAGUCCCUAUUUUAUGUAAGCCCAGAGCACUAAUCUCCAUUGUUUUGAAUCUGAAGUAGCAUAACAUUUGUCAAAUUCACUAGGAAGUGGCAAAUGUUGUAGUAAUGCAUUGGAGGUGUUGGAGGAGAAGAGGAAGGAAGGAUUAGGGUGUACGUUUUAGGCAGAGUAAGGGAGUGUCAUCCUGUGCUAGCUGUGCUGUCCCUCGUGCAAUCUGGGAGAGUUUGAUGCAAAUAAUUACUGAUUUUAAAAAUUUGGCAAAUGGGUUCCACUUGAUAGAAUGAGUUCUGUGUGGGACAUCCUCUACUCACUAGAUCCAAAUCAUGAAUUGAGCUGAAUCGGGGAAUGGGUGUGAAGGAGGAUAAAUCAAAGUGAGACAGCCCAGGUCAAUUUGACACUUGGCCUAGUAGUUGUCUGGGGCCAGCUUGACUGGCUGUCAUCCCUGUUACACAGUGGGUGGAACUUAGGAAAUAUGAUUCCAAAGAAGCAGUAAGAACUGAGUGUUUUUGCUUUUGCAGAUACUGUGUUCAUUCUGGACUCCCCCCACCACUUAUUCACAGCCUUUUCACUGGAUACCACACCAGACCACUGCAAAAUUCAGAGUUGCUACCACAGAGGUAGCGACUCUGGCUGAAACUAUGACAAAUUGGAUUCAUGACCAUGGACCCCAUUUAGCUGUUUAUGAACAGAUCUUUUACCAAUUUUACAGUUUUUUUUUCUCUAUCUGUUUAGAAAUAACUGAUUUUAAUGGUUUAGCUCUGAGUUCCAGAAGAGUAUGUGGAGGGGAUUUCAGUGAUCUUUGGAGGAAUAAUUUGCAAUGAUGCCUGCACUAAACACUGUCCUGAUUAUACAGCCCACGUGACUGUAAAUGAAAUGCCUGUGUUAACUAGGCUGCAGAUGGUACAAAAUCUAUCCAUUUAGUUUUAUAUUAUUGUCAUCAAUUUCUGGAUUUUUUAAAAAUAAAACAAUUAUGAUUGUUUAAUCAUU